ACCCACUUCAGCAGGAUCAUCACUUCCACUCCGGGGGCUCCCCCUCCUUCCCCUUGUCCCCCGUGACUCCGCGACGGAGAAGACAAACGAUGACGCCUUCCGGCCAACUGCUCCCCUUGGCCCGCCCGCCUCCGCCGCCUCCCGCUCCUCCAGUCCUCUCCAGCCGCCGCAGCCGGUGCCUGCCUCCCGCCCGCGCGCACGCCCGAGGCUCGCCUCCGCCUCUAUGGCGGGCCCACCGCCUCCACGACCGCUUCCUGCAUCCUCCUCCGCAGUUCCGCGCUCCGGCCAGGGACCCUCGACCUCCAACGCCUCCAGGGGUUUCGGCCGCCGGAGGAGGCGAGGCUCAGGCGGCGGCGGUGGCGGAGUUCGUGACGUCUGAGAGGGUGAAGGUGGCGGCGAUGCUGGGGCUAGCCCUCGCGCUCUGCAACGCCGACCGUGUCGUCAUGUCCGUCGCCAUCGUGCCUCUCUCCCAGGCGUACGGUUGGACCCCUUCAUUUGCCGGCGUCGUGCAGUCAUCCUUCCUUUGGGGGUAUCUGAUGUCGCCGAUAAUUGGUGGAGCGCUUGUUGACUAUUAUGGUGGAAAGCGAGUCAUGGCUUAUGGUGUAGCCUUAUGGUCCUUGGCUACAUUCCUGUCUCCUUGGGCAGCUGGUCGCUCUAUCUGGUUAUUUCUCUUUACUAGAGUUCUGCUGGGUAUUGCAGAAGGAGUGGCACUCCCAAGCAUGAACAACAUGGUGUUGAGGUGGUUUCCUCACACAGAAAGAUCUAGUGCUGUGGGUAUUGCAAUGGCUGGCUUUCAGCUUGGCAAUACCAUUGGAUUACUUCUAUCCCCAAUCAUCAUGUCACGAACUGGGAUAUUUGGACCUUUUGUGAUAUUUGGAUUAUUCGGAUUUCUGUGGGUGUUGGUGUGGAUACCGGCUAUAUCUGGCACACCUGGUGAACAUGCACAAAUAUCAGCAUAUGAACUGGAGUAUAUAACCAAAGGUCAGAAAUUGGUGAAGCCUCAAAUUGGAAGUGCAAAAACAAAAAAGGUCCCCCCCUUCAGCAAACUACUUUCCAAAUGGCCAACGUGGGCUUUGAUAAGUGCAAAUGCCAUGCAUAGCUGGGGUUAUUUCGUCAUUCUUUCAUGGAUGCCAGUCUAUUUCAAAACAAUAUAUCAUGUCAAUCUGAGAGAUGCUGCAUGGUUCAGUGCACUCCCCUGGGUGAUGAUGGCAGUUUUAGGUUAUGUGGCCGGUCUUGUCUCAGACAUGCUAAUUAGAAAUGGAACAAACAUUACUUUAACACGGAAGAUAAUGCAGUCAAUUGGCUUUCUGGGUCCUGGUAUUGCUUUGCUUGGUCUGAAUGCAGCAAAGAGUCCAAUCAUCGCUUCAGCUUGGCUUACAGUUGCUGUUGGUCUGAAAUCCUUCGGCCACUCAGGUUUCUUAGUAAAUCUACAGGAGAUUGCCCCACAAUAUGCUGGAGUCCUACAUGGAAUGUCAAAUACAGCUGGGACAUUUGCCGCCAUUUUAGGAACUGUUGGAGCAGGGUUUUUUGUUGAUCGGAUGGGUUCUUUCCGUGGAUUUUUGAUAUUGACGUCGCUCCUAUACUUCAGCAGUACUCUUUUCUGGGAUAUAUUUGCUACUGGAGAGCGUGUUGAUUUUGAUGGCACUGGCUAGCAUUGAUUUUGAUGGUACUGGCUAGCACCUGAGAGGAACUUCACAGUUUCUAUCGAGCACAAAAUGAGGAUUCUGGACGGUGCUUUACUGCCCUCUCUGCGAAACCUCAAGUUCUAUGCACAUGAGGUUGAAGAGCUUAAGUUAUGACUGUACAGCAUUGGUUUUGACUUUUCAAAGUAUCCAAUGAGUUUAUCUUGGAAAGUCAGAUAAGUGGUGGGUGAACACAUGGAACUGGCUUUGAAGAUCAUGCUAGAUUUUCUUGCAGGGUAACCUCGGACCUCGGAAUGUGUUUUGAGUCAAUGAAACCUGAAUAUGUAACUUAGAAUAAAUAACAGGGUAGGAGCUCGACCAUUCAUGGCACCCAAAGUAGUAGAGAUCUGAAACAAAUUUGCAGGCUAGUUGGAAGCUGGGAAACCGGGGAAAUUGGGUGCAAAUUCCACGAAAUAAGUCGUGAGCUUUAAAAUCAUAAAGCCUCAUGGGUCGGGGGAUAAUUUUCCUUAUUCUAGAAUAAAAUGCAUGCAAAGAAAUAUGGAGAAGACCCUUGACGGGGAACAAAGAAGGAUAUGUACAUUGAUGAAACAUUUGUAAAAUUCCAAUGCGUUGCUAUUCAGUGUUGGGAAUGUCAGCAUAUCCUUUCAAAAAAAAAAAAAGAAUGUCAGCAUACAUCGAUGCCACUGCAAGUUACUUCUUCGAGACUGAUAUGUAAUCAAGACCAGAGUCAACUGUUCCAUUUCGUCAGAAAAGGAAAUAUUCUUGGAGGUCUGAAGGCCUUAUCAGUCCCAAUGACAUCAAGAAGAGAACGCUUCAGCGCAAGCCCGAUGCCAUGGUCCAUUGGUCCACUACCUCUCCGGCUAUGAAAUUGUGGACAUACCUACUCUGAGUCUCCGAUAUCCUCCACCAAUAGAAUUAUUGCAACUGUAGUUGUCACACGCACGUUUACUCAAGCCAUAACUCCUAACCUCAUUGGCUUGACCUGAAAAGUGAAAACCCAUUUCAACUACCUCUUUAUGAUAAUAAAGAUGUAUGCACCCAGUCAAACUUGAAUCGGUCCCCGAGUCUACAAAACAUUAUGCGCGAGCAGCUGUUUCAAGCUAUCUUCGAAACCCAUCAGCUAUGCAGGCAGCUCGCAACCGGGCAUCCCCCACCAGCCAUGGAGGUUUCUCUGGCUUCGACAGUGAGUUUCAGUCAGAUCCUGGGUUCUCUUGGACUUCCACCUACACACCUCGUUCCCGUGUGGUCAACAAGAAGGUAAGAAGCUCAAGAUCAAUCCGGGGAAAAGCUGCAGCAAUUGUAGGGUCAUGCGCAAACUGCUUCGCUCCUCGAUCUGAAACCAACGAAGCCCAUGAGAACCCACCAAUCAGUGGCCAGGAUGUGUCUAUCAGUCCCAUCUCCAGAAUAUCAUCAACAAGUAGCACAAGCAAUAAUAUAUCCAGACAGAGAGGCGAUAGCAGCCAAACAAAGUCAUGGCAAGAACAGUUCUCAUUUCAGGAAAUUUGCAUCGCUACUUCAAACUUUAGUGAGCAAAACAAAAUUGGGUUAGGUAAUUUUGGCACUGUGUAUAAGGCAAAGCUCAGGGAUGGGUCCAUCAUAGCUGUAAAGCGGGCUACUAAGAACAUUCAAGACGGGCACCUAUCAGCAGAGUUUAGGAGUGAAAUCCAGAUGUUGUCAAAGGUCGAGCAUUUGAACUUGGUUAAGUUUCUUGGGUAUGUGGAAUACGAGGAUGAACGCCUAAUUCUGGUUGAGUAUGUAAAAAAUGGAACACUCCGUCAACACUUGGAUGGGUCACAAGGGGAACCAUUGGAAUUUGCACAGCGUCUCAACAUUGCUAUUGACAUAGUUCAUGCCAUUGCCUACUUACAUGGUUAUACAGAUCAUCCUAUCAUCCACCGUGACAUCAAGUCAUCCAACAUUCUCCUAACAGAGCACCUGCGAGCAAAGGUUGCCGAUUUUGGCUUCGCACGCCUAGCCCCCGAAAACCCUGAAGCGACCCACGUCUCAACACUAGUGAAGGGGACAGCCGGAUAUGUGGAUCCUGAGUACCUGCGCACGAACCAGCUCACCGACCGCAGCGACGUCUACUCCUUCGGCGUCCUCCUCGUCGAGCUCAUCACCGGCCGACGCCCUAUCGAGCGCGGCCGCGGCCGCAGGCGCCACCAGCGCCUCACCACCGAAUGGGCGCUGCGCAAGUGCAGGGAGGGCGACGCGGUGGUGGUGAUGGACCCCCGGAUGCGGCGGACCAGCGCGGUGGUGGCGGCGGUGGAGAAGGUGAUGGCGCUGGCGGCGGAAUGCACGGCUCCGGAGCGCGCGGCGCGGCCGGCAAUGCGGCGGUGCGCCGAGGUGCUCUGGUCCGUGAGACGCGACUUGCAGCAGGAGCAGCAGCGCGCGGCGGCCGCGGCCGCGAGCGCAGGAGCGAGGCGGCGCGAUGGCUCGACGUACGCACCGCCGUCGGUUACGAGUUUGAGGCAGGAGAGGUUCGAGAACUUGAGAUGAUCUGCGAGCUGCGGCACGAUGGAAAUUUCAAAUUAGUUCGAACGACUGUAAAUUGUGGUCGACUUGGCCGAAAUAGAGUACCGUGAGACUGUUUUACU